GCAUGUCAAUAUUUUCCUCUCAUCUCUUUCACACACUGAACAGCAUGGAAAAUGUUGUCACAAAUUUGUGUUUAUUCUGUCUGCUGCUGCUGCUCUUGCCUUCUCCUUCUUCUUCAUAUCCCCUCUGCACAAACUUGAGGCAACCCAGCAGCAAAACGGGGAGUUUGUCGUUCUGUCCGUACAAUGGGAAAGUGUGUUGCAGUAGAGCACAAGAUGUGCAGCUGCAGAAGCAGUUUGAGGCUAUGAACAUUUCUCACUCUUCCUGCGCUUCUGCUGUCAAAUCUAUCAUCUGUGCAACUUGUGAUCCAUUCUCAGCAAAGCUAUUCAACGUGGAUUCAGAGCCUCGAUCAGUCCCAGUACUGUGCAAUUCCACAGCAGCAAACAACGAUAGCUUCUGCUCAAGUGUAUGGGAGUCAUGCCAAGAUGUACUGAUUUUGAAUUCCCCGUUUGCCCCCGCGCUGCAAAGCAAGGCUGCAGUUCCACAAAACGUGACCGUAUCCAAGUUAACCGACCUCUGGCAAUCCGAAUCCGACUUCUGCAAUGCAUUUGGUGGCGCCUCCAGUGAAAGCUCUCCUUGCUUCAAUGGAGAACCCGUCUCAUUUAACAACACAGACGCGCUGCCUCCACCAAAGGGCAUGUGCCUUGAGAAAAUCGGCAAUGGCUCUUACAUCAACAUGGUUGCUCAUCCUGAUGGAUCCAACCGCGCUUUCUUCUCCAACCUGGCAGGCAAAAUCUGGUUAGCCACCAUACCAGAACAGGAUUCGGGUGAGGUAUUGGGAGUCGAUGAAUCGAGCCCCUUUGUUGACUUGACAGAUCAAGUAUACCUGGAUACGAGCUUUGGAAUGAUGGGAAUGGCGUUUCAUCCAAACUUUGCUACGAAUGGGAGGUUCUUCGCAUCCUUCAACUGCGACAAAGAGAAGUCUCCGGGAUGUAGUGGGAGGUGCGCCUGCAAUUCAGAUGUCGCGUGUGACCCUUCUCAGUUAGGCUCCUUGGAUUCAGGAGAGGUCUGCAAAUAUCAUAUCGUUGUUGCCGAGUAUACUGCCAAUGGUACUGCUUCAAGCCCAUCAAUGGCAGACAAGGCAAGACCACGAGAGGUACAAAGGAUUUUCACAUUGGGGCUACCCUUUACAUCAAAUCAUGGUGGCCAAAUUCUCUUUGGCCCAGAUGAUGGCCACAUGUAUAUCAUGUUGGGAGAUGGAGGAAGUAAAGGAGAUCCCUAUAACUUUGCUCAGAACAAGAAAUCGCUGCUUGGGAAGAUUAUGAGGAUCGACGUCAACAAGUUUCCAAGCGAAGAUGAGAUGGCUAAACUAGAAUUGUGGGGAAACUAUUCUAUCCCCAAAGAUAAUCCUUAUUUAGAAGACAAAGGAAUGCAACCGGAAAUCUGGGCUUACGGCUUCAGAAAUCCAUGGCGGUGUAGCUUUGAUUCAGAGAGACCUUCAUACUUCAUGUGUGCUGAUGUUGGACAGGAUCAAUAUGAAGAAGUUGAUAUCAUCUCUAAGGGAGGAAACUACGGAUGGCGCGUCUAUGAAGGCCCCCAAGGUUUCGUGCCUCAGAAGACUCCGGGUGGCAAUACUUCUGCAGAUUCCAUUGAUCCCAUCUUCCCCGUGCUGGGAUACAGUCACUCCAAUAUUAACAAACUUGGAUCUGCAGCAAUAUCAGGUGGAUUCUUUUAUCGGUCCAAGACAGAUCCAUGUACCUAUGGAAGUUACCUGUACGGAGACCUUUACGCGAGCCAUAUUUGGGCUGCAUCAGAAACUCCUCGUAACAGUGGGAACUUUACAACCAGCGACACUCCUUUCAGCUGCGCUCCAGAUUCUCCCAUUAAGUGUGAUUUGGUGCCCAACAGCGAUCUUCCUGCUUUGGAGUAUAUAUUUUCAUUUGGACAAGAUAACACAAAAGAUGUCUUCAUUUUAACACAGAGUGGAGUGUACAGAAUAGUUCGUCCAAGCCGAUGCAAUUAUGCCUGCUCCAAGGAAGUUGUGACUUCCAGGAAUCCUCCUGCAGCUGCACCAUCUCAUGGCUAUCUUGUUCUGCCACAUUCAGUUAUGAAGCUUCUUCUUUUGGCAUUUUUGCUUUUCCUAGUGAUUUUCCUGUGACAUGUUAGUUUUCUUGUACUGAACCUGAGAGGACACUAAUGAAUAUGAAAACAUUCCUGAAAAUUUUCACGAAUA